AUGUCUAUUGACUUCCCAAAGGAGGAAGAGGCGAUCCUUGAGAAAUGGAAAGCGCUUAAUGCUUUCCACCGCCAGCUUGAGCUGACGGCCAGCCUCCCCCGAUACACAUUCUACGACGGCCCCCCCUUCGCCACAGGCUUGCCUCACUAUGGACAUCUUCUCGCAUCCACCAUCAAGGACAUCAUUCCUCGCUAUUGGUCAAUGAAGGGAUAUCAUGUCGAACGUCGCUUUGGUUGGGAUACGCACGGCCUCCCUAUCGAACACGAAAUCGACAAAAAGCUGGGAAUUUCCGGUAAAGCUGCCGUCACUGAGCUUGGUAUUGGAAGGUACAAUGAAGAAUGUCGAGCGAUUGUCAUGCGCUAUGCCUCUGAGUGGAGGGCCACCAUUGAGCGGUUGGGGCGUUGGAUUGAUUUUGACAACGACUAUAAAACUAACAGCAUACCACAGACCAUGGACCCUACCUUUAUGGAGACACUCUGGUGGGUGUUCAAGCAGCUGUUCGAAAAGGGAAGUGUGUACCAGGGCUACCGAGUCAUGCCGUACUCGACGGUGCUCACGACUGCGCUGAGCAACUUUGAGGCCAACCAGAACUACCAAGAUGUGACAGACCCUGCUAUUGUGGUGUCAUUUCCCCUGCUUGAUGAUCCAAAUGUCAAUCUUCUGGCUUGGACUACCACGCCAUGGACACUGCCUUCCCAUCUUGGCCUGGCAGCACACCCCGACUUUGAGUACAUCAAAAUUCAAGACGGAAAGUCCGGAAAGAUUUAUGUUCUUUUGGAGAAGCUGUUGACUACACUCUACAAGGAUCCCAAAAAGGCUGACUUCAAAAUCAUCGAAAAGAUUAAGGGCAAGGACAUGCUAGGCUGGAGAUACGAACCAUUGUUCGACUACUUCUACGAAGACUUCAAGGAUAAGGGCUUCCGUGUCCUUAAUGCCACUUAUGUCACUGCUGAUAGUGGUGUUGGCAUUGUUCACCAGGCCCCUGCGUAUGGUGAGGAUGAUUACAAUGUUGCACUUGAGGCUGGUAUCAUUUCCGAGGAUUGCCCGCCACCGGAUCCGAUUAGUGACACGGCUCACUUUACGGAACGUGUGAGAGACUUUGCUGGAAUGCAUGUGAAGGAAGCAGACAAGCACAUUAUAAAGUACCUCAAAAACUCCGGUCGCUUGGUGGUUGAGUCUCAGAUUAGGCACUCAUACCCCAUGUGCCCCCGGUCUGACACCCCGCUCAUAUAUAGAGCAGUCCCGUCGUGGUUCAUUCGCAUCCCCGAAAUCAUCCCAGACAUGCUGAAGAAUAUUGAGGGCUCGCACUGGGUCCCCAGUUUUGUCAAGGAGAAGCGCUUUGCCAGCUGGAUCGCUAAUGCCCGUGACUGGAACGUUGGCAGAAAUCGAUACUGGGGUACCCCUAUUCCUUUAUGGGUGAGUGACGAUCUCGAAGAAAGAGUGUGUAUUGGAAGCGUGGAAGAGCUGCGCAAGCUCAGCGGGCAUGAGGGCGAAAUUGUCGACCUGCACCGUGACAAGAUUGAUCACAUUACUAUACCCAGUAAGAUGGGCAAAGGCGUACUGAGACGUGUCGACGAAGUCUUUGACUGUUGGUUCGAAUCCGGUAGCAUGCCGUAUGCUAGCCAACACUAUCCGUUCGAAAACGUGGAAAAGUUUCAGGCAUCAUUCCCAGGCGAUUUUAUUGCCGAGGGCCUAGAUCAAACUCGUGGUUGGUUCUAUACGCUACUAGUCCUGGGCACCCAUCUCUUCGGCAAAUCCCCCUUCCAGAACUGUGUGGUCAAUGGAAUUGUUCUGGCUGAAGAUGGAAAGAAGAUGUCGAAACGUUUGAAGAAUUACCCCGACCCAGCCAUUGUCAUGCAAAAAUACGGUUCGGAUGCCCUACGCCUGUACUUAAUCAACUCCCCAGUUGUUAGAGCUGAACCUCUGCGCUUCAAGGAGGCAGGUGUAAAGGAAGUUGUUCAAAAGGUGCUGCUACCCCUCUGGAAUAGCUACAGAUUUUUUGAGGGCCAAGUUGCUCUUCUCAAGAAGGCGGAAGGGGUUGAUUUCAUGUGGAACCCUGACCUGGAGAGUACAAAUGUGAAUGUCAUGGACCGCUGGAUUCUGGCAAGCUGCCAGAGCCUGCUUGAAUUCGUGAACGACGAAAUGAAAGGGUACCGUCUUUAUACCGUCGUUCCGCGCUUGCUUGAGCUGAUUGACUACACAACCAACUGGUAUAUCCGCUUCAAUCGUCGUCGCCUCAAGGGUGAAAAUGGCCUUGAAGACACGCAGCACGCCCUUAAUGCACUCUUUGAAGUGCUUUAUACUAUUUGCCGUGGCCUGGCACCCUUUACACCAUUCUUGACUGACAACAUCUACGGCCGCCUUCUGCCUUAUAUCCCGCAACAUCUUCAAGCAGAAGAUCCUCGCAGUGUACAUUUCCUUCGAUUCCCUGACGUGAGAAGCGACUUAUUCGAUGCUGCUGUGGAGCGUCGUGUCUCGAGGAUGCAAAAAGUCAUCGAGCUUGCUCGUGUCUCUAGAGAACGACGAAGCAUUGGGCUGAAGACACCGCUGAAGACAUUGGUGGUACUCCACCACGACCAGCAGUAUCUGGACGAUGUCAAAUCUCUCGAAAAUUACAUCACCGAAGAGCUCAAUGUUCGAGACCUCGUGCUCACGAGCGAUGAGGCUAAACACGGCGUCCAGUAUAGCGUGACAGCUGACUGGCCCGUCCUUGGAAAGAAGCUGAAGAAGGACAUGGUCCGAGUGAAGAAAGCGCUUCCCUCUUUGACAAGUGAACAAUGCCAAGGAUACGUACGUGAUAAAGAGAUCAUGGUCGAUGGGAUUAAACUUGAAGAAGGCGACCUCGUAGUCAGACGAGGUGUCAAAGAGGACGAAACUUCCAAGACAUGGGAAAUUAACACGGAUAGCGAUGUGCUUGCCCUUUUGGACGUACAAAUCUACGAAGGCUUGGCACAGGAAGGUCUUGCUCGAGAAGUUAUCAACCGAGUGCAGAAGCUUCGCAAAAAAGCAGGCCUGCAACAGACUGAUGACAUCAAAAUGGAGUAUCGAAUGCUCUCUGACCCAGAGUCGAUUGGCUUGGAAGAUGUUCUCAGCACACAAUCUGCGGCCUUCGAGAGGGUUCUUCGUCGAUCACUAGAUAAGCAUGAGGAUGGAGUUACAGGCGAAGUCAUCGCCGAGGAAGAGCAAGAGAUUCAAAAGGCGACUUGGAUGUUGAGAUUGCUCAGGAUAUAG